AUGAGGGGAAGCAAAGCACAAAUUCGGAUAUUUGAGGAAAAUGCAAUUACUAGGAAGCUUCUGUUAAGAAGCGUUGGACUGUACAAUGUGUGCAUGGUGAUAAUGUAUUUGCUAAAGGGUGAGAUGAGGCCAGUGCUGUACUUGCUUAGAUCUAUUCCGGAGGGAGCUGCGAUUUAUUAUCUGUACAGAAUCUCUACACCGGGGAUUUGCUCAGAAGGAAAGACACAAACACUUGUCAGCUCUGGAGAGGCUCUGAGUUCAAAAGGGCAUGUGAGUGUUGCAUUUGACUUUCUGUUUGUGUCGAUGCUUGUGAAGUUUCUUCUUCUGUACACAAAUAAAGCAUGGGGGCUGUAUACUAUCACGGUAGUGUCAUGCUGUUAUGAAUUUGUAUACAAGCCAUUCAAGACAUUGAGGCCAUGCAAGCAAAAGAAGAUUGAAUGA